AUUUUAGAGAAUAUAAUUGACAAUCCCCAUUGUAUGUACUCUUUAAGAACCAAUGCAUGUUGCUAUAUGUUUAUAUAUUCAGCGUGUAGAGAAGAUAGUGCCCCCUCACUACCUCAUGUUGCCUGAUUCAAAGGAUAACAAGACUUGCGAAGAACUCUUCAAUAUGAAGCACCAUGAACUACUGAAGCGAGCACAACAAUGGAUAAAAGAUACUUCUCAGUCUUGCUCUGCAGUGUCUGUUCUUGUUGCCACCGUCGUCUUUGCAGCUGCCUACACUGUGCCUGGAGGUUUCACUGAUAAAGGGUAUCCAAUUUUCCUCAACAACAAUUUCUUCUUGUUUUUCACAGUCAUGGACGUGGUUGCUUUAGCCUGCUCCUUGACCUCGGUGGUAACUUUGCUCAAGUUUUACAAGUGGAUUAAGAAGGUUCUUCGUAGUAAAUGGUUUAAGAAGCGGCUGGCGACCAAGUUCCCAUGUUAUAAGAAGAAGCCUCCGACGAAUUAUGUGUUGCCCAAGAAGAAUGAUGAUGACCAAGUAUGAGGGAUUUAUAUAAGUUAGUCGAAAUGGUAAAGGAGGCUGAUAUGUCACCAAUGCAAGAGACUUUUAUUGGAAUUUAAU